AUGCCUGUUUUCCUCAAAAUGAGUAUUGGUAUCACCUUCAUAAGACCUUUUGCCAGAGUUUUGGUGCCAUUUACCCUUAAUAGGAAGAGAAGGGUUUUAUAUUCAACGAUUCUACAGAGAUACCUGUCUUCCAAAAUACCAGCUGAAUCUUAUCCUAAAAGGGAAAACACAUCAUCUGAACAGCUGGAAUUGGAUGGGUGGAAAAUUACAAUGAAAUCUAGUGUGCAAGAAGGUGUUUCAACAGUCUCAAGUGCCAAAGAUGAAGAUCCUGUAGCUGCCACUAGGGAAUUAAUUGAGAUGUGGAGAUUGCUUGGCAGAGAAGUACCAGAACACAUCAGUGAAGAAGAACUCAAAACCAUUAUGGAAUGUGAUUCUAAAUCAUCGAAAAAAAAAUAUUUAAAAUAUUUAUAUGUUAAGGAGAAAAAGAAGAAAGCCAAUCAAAUAAAAAAGGAAAUGAAAGCAGCAGCAAGGGAAAAAGCAAUACAAGACCAGUUGCUAGAAACCGCUAACCAAGAUAAACAGCAAGACUUUCCAUUUCUACGACUCUGGGAUAGGAAUAUGGACAUAGCAAUGGGCUGGAAGGGUGCCCAGGCCAUGCAGUUUGGACAACCUUUGGUUUUUGACAUGGCUUAUGAUGAUUAUAUGAAUCCAAAAGAACUGCAGUAUGCUGUUUCUCAACUUCUAGAAAGUGAAGGAUGGAACAGAAGAGAUGUUGAUCCUUUCCACAUUUAUUUCUGCAAUCUUAAACCAGAGAGCCCUUUUCUUAGAGAGUUAAUUAAACGAUAUGGAGAAAAAUGGAACAAAUUGUUUCUAACAGCAACAGAAAAGUCUCAUGUAGAUUUAUUUCCAAAGGACAAUAUUAUAUAUUUAACUGCAGAUUCUCCCAAUAUUAUGACUUCUUUCAGACAUGACAAAAUUUAUAUAGUGGGAUCUUUUGUUGAUAAGAAUAUCCAUCCAGGUGCAUCCUUAGCCAAGGCAAAACGGCUAAAGCUGGCAACAGAAUGCUUUCCAUUAGAUAAAUAUUUACACUGGGACACUGGUACAAAAAAUCUCACCAUAGAUCAAGUAACACGUAUUUUGUUAUGUCUGAAAAACACCGGGAGUUGGGAAGAGGCUCUGAAGUUUGUUCCUAAGAGAAAACAUUCUGGUUAUCUGGAUUUUUCUCAACACACUCAAGAAUUUGUCAACAGAAUGAAGAAGUCAAAGACUAUUAAUUCAUUUCCAAAAGGCUCUCUAAAUAGAUACACACAGAAAAAGUGA